CAAGCUAAAAAAGAAAGGAACGAAGAUGGAUUAUAUAAACCAAUAAACCACCAUUCUCUAAGAAGUUUAUGUGCUUGAAUUUUCUUCAUUCCUUUGUGUGUGUGCUUGUGUCUCGGAAGAGAGAGAGAGAGAGAGAUGGUGAAGAUUUUUGCAGUAUACAAGAAACUGUUGCGUGGACUAAUGAGUAUAGCUGGGGUGAAACCCCAAAUGGUGGAAAUAGAACCAGGAACAGCCAUGCACUUCUGGGUCGGAAACGACGUCGCCAAGAACAAACAAACCAAACCCAAGCCUGCUGUUGUUUUUCUUCAUGGGUUUGCAGCCGAUGGCAUUAUAACGUGGCAGUUCCAAGUCUUUGCUCUUGCGAGAAACUACAGAGUUUAUGUGCCGGAUUUGAUCUUCUUUGGCGGUUCACUCACCGACAAACCGGACCGGUCGCUGGAGUUUCAAGCCGAGUGUUUGGCCAAGGGUCUGAGGAAGCUGGGUGUGGAGAGUUGCACCUUGGUAGGGUUCAGCUAUGGAGGGAUGGUUGGGUUCAAGAUGGCUCAGAUGUACCCGGAGUUGGUUGAGUCUAUGGUGAUCACAGGCUCUGUCAUGGCCUUGACCAAGUCUUUCAGCUGUGCUGCCCUUGAGACGAUCGGGUUCAAUUCCUGGUCCGACCUUUUGCUUCCGAACUCGGCCAAGGGGGUUCAAUUGCUUUAUGAGAUUGCCACCUACAAGCUGCCCAAGAUUCCUAAUUUCAUUUACAAAAACUAUUUGGAGGUAAUGUUUGACAACAGAAAGGAGAAAGUAGAACUACUCAGGGCUUUGGAGAUUGAUGACAAGGACUUUACCCUACCACAUAAUUACCCACAGAGGGUACAUCUACUGUGGGGAGGGAAUGACAUGAUUUUCACCAGGGAAGUUGCCAACAACUUGAAGAGGCAACUGGGAGACACAGCUACGCUGCAAUACAUAGAGAAAGCAGGUCACCUUGUUCAGAUUGAACGGCCAUGCAUCUACAACAGGCUCCUCAAACAAAUUCUUGCCCCUCCAGGAGAAGAUAGGCUCAAAAGACACUGAUGUUUUUGUUGUUUGUUGUCUUUUUUACAAUGGAUUCAAACUAAUUACCCCUGCUUUAUGAGAUGUUGAUUUCUUUAAA